GGAAACAAUGAAACGAGUCAACAAAGAAAGUCGUUGUUCGCUUCGAGCUCAUUUAUCGACCUGAUGUGUUUCAGACUGUGACUUUAACUCAGUGUGUGUGUGCGUGCGUGUGCGUGCGUGACAUUCACUCAUGAUAACCUUCGUAUGUUCACGUGGAGCCGUGGCUCUACCGCGUCUGUAGCUCUGUCCUCGCGUCUACACACAUGUUGUCAUGAUGACAGGAUGAUGAAGAUGACAGGAUGAUGACGGGCGAUGGCGAACGGCGUCGGAAAACAUAAGCUGCUUGUCAUCGGGCCGACAGAACCAUGGUCAGUGAGGGAGAAGCUGUGUUUGGCGUCAUCAGUGAUGAAGAGUGGAGAUCAGAACUGGGUUUCUGUCAGUCGAGCCAUCAAACCAUUUGCAGAACCUGGACGACCACCUGACUGGUUCUCUCAGAGGCAGUGUGCCUCUAAAUACUCUGAGCUCCUGGAAGCAACAGAAGCCCCAAAGAGGAAACGUGGUGACAAAGGUGAAGUGGUGGAGACAGUGGAGGACGUGAUCGUUCGCAGGCUGACGGCCGACAGGAUUGAAGAACUUAAAAAAGUGAUGAAAGAAAGUCAGGAGAAGCACAGGAAGCUGAAGAGAGAAGCUGAACUCAUUCAAGCUGGACAUCUAGAUUCUAAACUCCAAGACUUAUGGGAAGAAAUUCUUCAACAGAACAAAGUGGAGCAGGAGGAAGCAGAGAUGAGAAGAAAAAACACAGCUGCUGCUUAUCAGGACAGACAGGUGGCAAAGAGCACAUGUAAGCCAGUGCCAGGCGUCGCCAUGCACUGUAGCUCCCCAAACCACGACUUCUCACCAGGUGACCCACGUGAGAGCUUGACCCUUGACCUCGCACCUUCAAACACUGCUUCAGGAUCGUCCAGGUUAAUGGUUUUUCCGGAGUCUCCUGGACCUGGUCCUGAAGACGGGUCACCUGUGGACGACCUCGCCCAAAAGAAAGUGGUGUGCCAGAAAGCCACUCCCCCACCGUCUCCACUGCUGUCAGAGUUACUGAAGAAAGGCAGCAUCUUGGCCUCUAAUUCCAGACUGAUUGGAGAGGGUGACGUGUCUGCUGGUAAUUUGAUCGGAGCACAUGACCUGCAGUUUACUCAACCUCUCUCUCAGGCAACAGCAGGUGCUCCCAUGUUGUCUCGUCUGCUGGAGGCGGGUCCAACGCACUUUUCUGCUCCACUGAGUUUCAUGGUCAGUGCAGACACCGUGUCCUGUGCUCCUCCUCCUGUCCACUCAGCUGCCUCAGCAGGAACAGAUGACAAAGUGUCAGGACUCAGUGAGGAAGAGGAGAGCGUGUCCUACAUGGGAGACGAGCUGGACUUCAAGACUGUGGGAGACAUUAUCGCUAUCAUUGAAGACAAGGUGCAAAGAAGCAAAGCCGAUGAGGCUGCAGAGGCUUUGGAUGCAGCUGCAGUUGAAGCUGCUCUGUCGCUGUGUGAGGAGAACGGCCACGCCCUCUCUGGUGCCUGGGAGGCGGGGCCUUUCCAGCCCCACAGCUCUCACCCCACAGCGCCCUCUUUUGGGGCUCCACAGUCGUCAUCCCUUCUCUGUGGUCUGGAGGGGAAAGUCCAGGAUGACACUUCAGCUUCACUCUCAGAUCAGUGUCUUGUAGAAUUCAGCGCUCUUCCUCACGGCUCGUCAUCCUCGCGGAGCCACAGUGGAGCGACUGCACUGCUGGAGGCAAAGAGAAAAUGUAGAGAGGUGGUAAACCUGGAAAACCCACAUUCAUCAGGUACUAGCAUCAAAUGUGAGCAACAACAAAGAUCAGACGUGGGACUUGAAGAGAAUCCACUGACAGAAAGACACGUGAAGGUAAAGAAGAGCAGCGUGGACAUGAAGCUGGUAAUCAUCAUUGAUUUCACCUCUCCAUCUUUUCAGGAGGUGAAGCCACACAACGGAAGUGUUGCUCGAGGAGAGAGCGACUCAGGCACUAAAGUAGACGAUGAAGUCAAUGAAGAAGAGGAGGGUGACGUGGUAGAGGGAUUCUCGUCGGAGCUGGAACCUGCAGCCAGUGAGAGUGAGGAUGGUUGCAGCCUCCACACGGCCUCCUCCUCCCUGCAGCUCCUCACUGCUGCAGACUCCAUCCCCAGCAGCCCGGCGUCGUCGCAGUUCUCUGCAUGCAGUGAGGACCAGGAAGCUCUACAGGCUCAAAAGAUCUGGAAGAAAGCCAUUAUGCUGGUGUGGAGAGCAGCAGCCAAUCACAGGUAUGCAAAUGUCUUCCUGCAGCCAGUAACUGAUGAAAUUGCACCUGGAUAUCACAGCAUUGUGCACAGGCCCAUGGACCUGGCCACCAUAAAGAAGAACAUUGAGACCACUUUGAUUCGGACCACCGCUGAGUUCCAGAGAGACAUCAUGCUGAUGUUUCAGAACGCCGUCAUGUACAACAGCCUGGAUCACGACGUGCACCACAUGGCUCUGGAGAUGCAGCGCGACGUCCUGGAGCAGAUCCAGCAGUUUCUAGCCACACAGCUCAUCAUGGAGACGUCAGAGUCUGGUAUCGGCGCCAAAAGUCUGAGGGGCCGUGAGAGCACACGCAAACUGGACUCUACAGACAAGGACACUGUCUCCAUGUCUUCCCCCGCCUUCCUCCUCUCUCUGUUUGAUGGAGGCACCAGGGGGCGCCGUUGUGCCAUAGAAGCUGACAUGAAGAUGAAGAAAUGAGACCACGCGUGUGAGUGGCACAGACUCUCACUCUGCUUCCUGUGCAAUAGAACCUUUCUUUUCACUCUAGAUUAAAUGGGUAGAUGAGAAAGAGGAGAAUAUCUUUACUUCUGAGACAGCCAUGCAUACUCUUCACGGAUUACAUAGCAGCGUAAUCCCAGAUUACAAUGGGACGUUGAGAAAGACGAGGUCAAAUCUUCCAUAAACGUAGCUGCUGAUCACUAAGACCUCAGGUGACUGAAAGGUCAGAGGUGCAUGAAGAAACAUCAACUUAGCUGCUUUUUAUUAUUAUUAUUAUUAUUAUUAUUGUUGUUAUUUUGUGAUGAAUUCCUUUGAUCUUUGGUACUUCCAUACAUUAUCAUGCUAAUAAUCUUUUUUGUGGAUUUAAAUGUUAAAACAAUGAAAGUGUAUUAAAGUGCCCAAACCUACCAUGUUGAGCUUGAAUUGCACAGAAUCUCUCCUCAGUGCCGACUUCAAACAAACCUGCAGAAACUGUCGCAGCUUCACUUUUCUGUUUUUGUGCAAAACCAGGUUUUAAAAAGGCCGAUCUUCCUUUAAGGAUUUUUGUAAGUAUGAAAGUCUAGUUUGUCUGAUGUGUAAUAAAGUGUGAAUGAGCAAGUUU